AUGCGCCUUGGCGCGCAUGUGCCGAACCAGAAGCCGGUUGGUGGGGGAAGGAAAAGCGCCGAUAAAGGGCCAGUAAGGGCUGCGGCGCCCUCAGUAAUGGGUCGACACGCGACUUACACGGUUGUGGGGGGCCUCGCUGUCGCGCUCUACGUGAAUUCGCUGCGUGGCGAAUUUGUUCACGACGAUGUACCGGCGAUUGUACGGAAUAAUGAUGUUACGGGACAAACCCCGCUACACCGGCUGUUGGUCGAUGACUUCUGGGGCACUCCGAUGUCGGAUCCCUUCAGUCACAAGUCGUACCGGCCGUUGACUACGCUUACAUUCAGGGCCAUUUGCACAGUCAAAGAUUAA